AUGCUGUAUUUAGAUGUUGCUUCAUCCAUCUCAUUCUACGGUCCUGUUUGGAGUUACGAUGAUGAAAGCGCUUGGCCUGGAGGUCAUUGCAAAAAAGGAGGGAAAAGGCAGUCACCUAUAGACAUACAGACUCGAAAUGUUAUUAAGGACUUCGACAAACAAUUCAUCAAACACGGUCCUAUCAAAUUUAUUGGAUACGAAAAUGUACUUCUUUCGGGUAUCAACAAUGGUCAUACUAUUCAAUUCAGUACAGAGGGGGACAAAAGCAUGCAUCCAACCAUCACGGGAGGGCCGCUGAAAUAUCUGUAUCGACUCGAACAACUACACUUCCACUGGCUCUCAGAACAUUCUAUUAAUGGAGUAAAAUUUCCAAUGGAAAUUCACUUCGUGCAUGUGAGAUAUGAUCUAGGAGUCUCAGAAGCUUUGAGUAAACGAGAUGGACUGGCUAUUAUAUCAGUGUUUUGCAAUGUCCAAGCAGAAAUAAAUGAUCGUCAACAAGAAGCCGCCGAAGAAAUAAUGCAGUAUAUCCCGCUGUUGCUAAGAAUAGGUGAUAUGACCAGUGGAGUACUAUUAGAUUUAAGGAAGCUAUUAAGUCCAAACAAAAAUUCUUAUUUCACCUACCUCGGCUCCCUCACGUCUCCCGAAUGCAAUGAAGUUGUGGUGUGGAUAAUAUUUGAAGAACCUAUUUAUAUAUCAGAUGCUCACUACCGUCUUUUUGGCAAAAUUGGUAUCGGACGACAUAACUUCAGGAGUCUACAGAAAAUGAGACGUCAGAUGGUCUUCGCGCCGCCCGAUCCCUUCAUCGCUACUCCUCAAGCUAUGAUUGUUGUAGCCAACGCCUUUAAUCUAGUAGCAGCGUUCUUUAGAAAUGUUACCAGAUUCGUCAUAAAAGGUUUUAAAUCAAGU